UUCGCAAAGGUGGUUCCAGAAGGAAAGCCUGUUUGCUGCUAUGCUUGUGAUCCAUGUGCGGAAGGAACCAUGUCCAACCAAGAAGAUGCAGAACGUUGCACCAAAUGCCCAGAGGAUCAACAUCCAAACAAGGACAGAGAUCAAUGUGUCUCCAAGAUUAUCACCUUCCUGGCUUAUGAAGAACAUCUGGGGAUCAUCUUAGCUUCCAUUGUCCUCUUCUUAUCUUCUACAGCAGGCAUUGUGUUAGGAAUCUUCAUUAAAUACAAAGAAACCCCAAUAGUCAAAGCCAACAACCGGGACCUCUCCUACAUCCUGCUUGCCUCCCUUCUGCUUUCCUGUUUGUCCUCCUUCCUCUUCAUUGGGCAACCAAGAAUAGCGACCUGCCUUCUCCGACAAACGGCCUUCAGCAUCAUCUUCUCCAUUGCUGUUUCUUCUGUCUUGGCCAAGACCAUCACGGUGGUGCUGGCCUUCCUGGCCACAAAGCCCGGGAACAGGGUGAGGAGAUGGCUAGGGAAGAGUCUGGCCAACUCCAUUGUCAUCUCCUGUUCUGGUGUGCAAGUUCUCAUCUGCACCAUCUGGCUGGGCUCUUCUCCCCCAUUCCCAGAGCCCGACAUGCACUCCCAGGUGGAAGAGAUCAUCUUGCAAUGCAACGAAGGCUCUGUGGCCAUGUUUUAUGUUGCCCUCGGCUACCUGGGCUUCCUGGCUGCCAUCUGCUUCAUGGUGGCGUUCCUAGCCAGGAAGCUGCCUGGCUCCUUCAACGAAGCCAAGCUGAUCACCUUCAGCAUGCUGGUCUUCUGCAGUGUUUGGGUGUCUUUUGUGCCCACCUACCUGAGCACCAAGGGGAAGUACAUGGUGGCCGUGCAGAUCUUCUCUAUGUUGGCCUCCAGUGCUGGGCUCCUGGGCUGCAUCUUCCUCCCCAAGUGCUAUGUUAUUGUGCUGAGGCCUGAUCUGAAUACAAAGGAGCACCUGGGAACAAGGACUUAAGAUGGCAUCGGAUUUGUAUAGUAUUCCAUGUUGAUUCUACCCAGCACUGCAGAAAGGAAACACACAUAGUUGUUUUUGGAUUAAAGUUUAUG